CAGGGGCACAUGUGCGACCGCGAGUCGGAACCGGCGAUACGAACAGCAGCAGCAGCAACAGAAGCAGCAGCGCAAGGCAGUCGCUACCGCGGCGGACGCUCGCUCAUGGGAUAGGCGCACGCACCUGCACCAGCCGCGAUGAUCGCCGGGUCGGACAGCCUCAUGAACGUUCCGGUGGAGGCGACGGCGUUCCUGGGCGCCGUGGCAGCCUUCGUCGUGCUGCUGCUGGUGUUCUUCCUGUACCUCAACAAGAAGUGGUGCUUCUAUGGCGUGGGCGGCUUUCCUUGCUGUGACGAGCCGCUUGGCACCCGCACAGGACGUGCCAGCCACCACCUCGGGAAGGCGUACUCGUACGAGGAGCCGGAGUCGAGCUCGGACAGCGAGGAGGACGUGCUGCGGCGGCUGCAGCGCUCCGCCAGCCUCCACUCCGUGGUGCACGGCGCCUCCUCACCGGGUUGCUCGAGCGUCGGCGUUGGCGGCAGCGGUGGAGGCGGCGGAGGCGGCGCGAUGGUGGCAUGUGCGGGGCCUUCCGGAGACCCCGCGUCGGCGGCGGCGGCCGCGGCGGAGCUGCGCCACAGAGACCCGCGCCACGGCGGCUACCGGCGCCUACCGCAGCCGCAGCCCGACCCCGCCGUCAACCAAGACUGUAUCGUGGUGCUGCCGCAGGAGAACGAGCACGACCACGACCAGGUGUUCGACGUGUCGGAGCUGACGCUGGCCGAGCAGCAGAGCCAGCUGGUGUCCAAGUGCGGACACCUCGAGGUGGCGUUCGCGUACGACGCGCCGAUGCGCAAGAUGACGGUGCGCGUGCUGCAGGCGCGCGACAUCCCGGCCAGGGACCGCGGCGGCCCCACGCACUCGCAGGUUCGCCUAGUCAUGCUGCCUAGCAAGAAGCAAAAACACAAGACCAAGAUUCGCCAGGGUGAAAACCCACAAUUUCUGGAGAGUUUCUUGUUGCACAGAGUCAACCCGGAGGAUGUGAACAGCAUGGGCGUACGCUUCCGGCUGUACGGCUGCGAACGCAUGCGGCGCGAGCGCAUGAUCGGCGAGUGCGUCGUCAGCUUCGCGUCCGUCAACCUGGAGCUGGAAACCGUUCUCUGGCUGGCGCUGGAGCCUCGUGCCAACCUCACGCUAAACUCGUCAGCCUCAGACCUCCUGAGCCUGGCUAGAAGUGACAGCACAGGAUCAACACAUUCAAUGCAGCAUGGAGGAGUCCCAGAGCUCCUCCUUGGUCUAGCAUACAAUGGGACUACUGGACGGCUGUCUGUUGAAGUUGUCAAAGGAAGUCAUUUCAGUUUGUUAAAUUAUCCACGUCACUGUCGAAAUAUGGCCAUGACACGUGCACCUGAUACCUUUGUGAAGCUUUGUCUGGUCAGCAGCACUGGUCAGGAGAUGGCAAGGAGCAAGACAUCUAUUCGACGAGGCCAGCCUAAUCCAUUGUUUAAAGAGACAUUCAUGUUCCAGGUAGCACUGUUCCAGUUGCCAGAUGUAACACUCAUGGUAUCAGUAUACAGCAAGCGCAGCAUGAAGCGGAAGGAGAUGAUUGGAUGGUUUUCUUUGGGUUUAAAUAGCUCUGGAGAGGAGGAAUUAGCUCACUGGAAUGACAUGCGUGGUGUACAUGGAGAGCAGAUCUGUCGUUGGCAUGUACUUGUUGAAUCUUAAUCAUCAUAUGACUGACUGAAAUUUGAUGAAUGCAUUAAAAUUUUCACUUGGGCUCAGCCCCAAGCAGUCAGGUUUCCAAGCAAAUGAAAAAAAAAUUUUGAACAUUUGUAAACUUUGUUUAAUGAUAAAAUUAAUGUUCUUCGACAGGAGUAAUGCUGGUAGCACAUUGGUAAUGCGCUUGUCCUGUCAUUGAUUCAGGCAGCAGGAUGGAUGAAUUUUUCAUGCCUACAUAUGGCUGUUUAACUGGAUAUGGCAUUUAACCCAGGUGCAAGAUUUCUCAUUUUUUGUCUUGCCUUUUGUACAAUUAUCUUUUUUCUUGGCCAGUCACCUGGGAACUUGUCCUCCAUACCAGUUUAUGUAAGACUGCUCUUUCAAUAAUAGCAUUUGUUUUCAUAAUUUAUGUAUUCCCAUUAUAACUCAUAAUUUGUUAACUUUUUACUUCUUGCUGCAGUUUUAUAUUAGUCAGUCUAACCACUGUUUGUCUCCUUGAUUAUUCUAUAUUUCAAAUGACAUUACAUCUGUGGUUGUUCCCCAUUUCUGAGGCUGACAGCGUCUCCACACAUUUUCUUGUUCCUUUUGCCUGGCCUGUUUGUUGAUAGGAAGGUAUCUGACUAGAUCAGAAACUUUAAGCAUUGUUGCUAUUGACAUUCCCUAUAUUUGGAAAUGUAAUAUUUGUAAUUGUGGUGAAGAAUUUCCCAAAAAUUGUAUCUAAGUGUUUUGUACUGUAUGGAAUUGCAUUAGCAUGCUAAUAUAACACAUAAUUUAGUAUCUAAACCCCAUGUUAACCACAGUGUAAGUAAUAUUUUACACAAUGUGACAUUUGACUCAAUGUACCAGAUUUGUAUUGGUUAAAAGAAACUAUGUAUUUUUUAUACUAGAAAUUCUGGUCAUAUGACCAAAAUUAUGCACAAAAUAUUGUCAAUUUUUGAGGCUUAGACGGGUGAAGCAGUAUUUUCAGGUCCUUAUAUGGUGUUAUAUAUUCAGCAAAAUUUGUAGAUACUUAUUUUGCUUAUGCAUUUCUUUGUUUUGCAGCACAUAGUCGUUGAAAUAUUUUUUUUCUUUACUGGCAGACGUUUUUUCUCUGUGUCUGUGCACCCUGUUUGUCUUUGGUACAUUUUGCACUUUACUACGUUUUACAUGAAAAAUGUAUGACUUACCAGAUUUCUUUGGACAAAUUUGUAAAGAAGAGAGUAAUUUUAUUUCAUAACUGUUCAUCAUUGAAUGUUUUAUUAUCAUUAUUGAAAGCAAAUAUACAAUAAAUAUGUAUAAGUUUUAUGCAUUUCAUUUUGAGUAUAUAUUUAUGGAAGAAGUGUAGGCUGAACUUAACAUUUCUUGUGUACAGUACAUUAGGGUAUCUGAAGUUACUGCUUUUUGUGAGUAUAUGAAAUGAAUUUUAUAUGAUGAUUGAUUACAAAGCACAUGCAAAGUAUUACAGUAGGUAGCACUGUAACAAGUGCAGAAACAAUAUGCAAAGGUAUAAUAAAAAAAUGGAAAAGUAAGGACAACAUACAUAUCAAAACUAUAUAGACUGUUAUUAAAAUAAUCUUGUAUCAUUUGGCGUGUAAAACUACCUUAAUGCAGAUUAAUCUGAGGAUAUUUUAUCUUUUAGAGGAAUGCUAAAAGAAUAAUAUUCUUGCUCGAAAAAUUAUUUUUCCAUGAACAUGAAAUAUGACACAUCUUUCUUUCAAAUCAAAGUUCGACUCAAGUUAUAUAUCACAUCUGAAGUGUAUUAAUUCAUUACAAUGCAAUAAUGAUUUCUUUUGACUAUUAUUCAAAUAUUUAAAUAUAAUAAUGUGAAUGGUUUGUUCAGACAGGGGGACCACAGAACUUUUCUUUUCUAAUGCUGAUUAUAACUGGCACAAAAGACGCUUUAAGUCCCAUGUCAAACUUCAGAUUGUGAGCUGAUAAUGUUGUCUGUCGCAGUCUCAUGAUAGAAAAUAAUAAGUGACAAGUGCACAGGGAAAGUGCAUUUAGUAACAAUGACUACUUCUCACUGAGUAUUGUCAUGUAAUUGUAAUAUUCUUUUGCAGAAGUAACAAAACAGCUGUUACACAAUACUACAAAAAACAAUACUAAGAACACACAGUCUUCACUUGAUGACUGUGGUUCACGAUACAGUCCCACUCAUAGAAAUUAACAGAAUUUAAAUGGAAGUUUUAAAACUGUUGGGAUUAAUAAUUUUCACUGUUGCUCAGCUGUUUUUAUUAUUAGUUCUGACUGCUUAAUUCAUCACAGCAUAUAAUUUAACUGUAGUUAAAUUAUAUAGCUGCAUUUUUAAACAUUUAUUAUUCAGUACUUAAGGUUUUUGUUUCUAAAGCAAUGAAAUAGUAUCUUGGUGCCUAUACCUGGACUCUCAUAUGUUACUUGUGGCCUCUUGCAUUACUAAGCUACAACAUGAUUUAGGUUUUUUACAGAAUUAAAUUGCUAAGUAGAGGACCAGAUAAGAAAUAUGUUGCACAUGAAAUUGUUAGAUUAUGGGAAGUAAAUGCCAUAUUUGUCCAGCAUAAUUUAAAAAAUGCCUUUUUUAGGAAAUUUGACUGGUUCUGGAUUUUUAAAAAAUCGGAAGAAGUAGUAUGGUUGGAUGUUUCUUGUUACCUUUCUUUUUGACACAUGAUCUCUAAUGCAUAUUGAUAAACCACAAGUUGUUUACAAAUUACAGUGUAUCCCCAUUAUAUCCAACUGAGUAGGCCAACAUCAUCAAAGAAUGCAUUCAGUUUACAUUCGUUCAAAGAAGUGUGUUAUAUAAAAUGUCUUUUAUUAUUUGAAGAAUGAGAAAAUAGUUCAGAGUUCUGAGGGAGGAUUAAAUUCUUGAAGAAUAACAAUUUCUUACUAACAAAUACGUAAAGCUAUAGACAUAUGUAUAACUCAUUGACAGUAUCUCAUACUUCUGUGUUAUAUUAAUCUCAUCUUAAUUAUAGUUUUUCUCAUGGGACACACUGUGAGUAAUCAAUGUCAUUGAAUGAAAUCAAACAAUAUGGCUUUUUUGAACUGUUGUAUCUUAUUAUGCUUUACCUCAUAAGGAUUUUUGGCUUGAUUUGGUGGGAAUUUAGAAAUAAGGAUUUGGGUGUGCCAUUUGUAUGUUAUCUGAAACAGUUUUGCAUGACAUUAAUUACUUAUGCUAUUAUAUUUCCUUUCCCAUAAUUGUUUGAUAUGGUUUCAAAGUUUCACUUAUAAAUUGCUCACUAAUUGCCAAAAUUUAUUAUAAUACUUACUCUAGUACACCCCUUUGAUAAAUCUAAUGCUAUUUAUGUAAUGGCUUUUAUUGUAGCUGAGUCAUGAACUUGGAAAAUGUAUCAAUGCUAUACACAAAAGUCCCUGUAAGUUUGUUUUCCAAUUUACAGGCAAUGCUCUGAACAGAACCACCCGACAUCUUCUAUCAUGAGUUACCAUAUUUAUUUUAUUUCAUGAAAUGUAGCAUCACUCUGUUUCAGUUUGUAUAAUAAUGAAAAUAACUUGAAUAGAAAGGUAAUUAUUGGGUUAUGAAGUCAAUGUGAUUUACAGACAUUUCAAAGUGUAUGAAAUAAUGAUGUAUUUUAGUGUGUCAUUAUCACAAAUAUUGCUGCUAGAAUAAUCAACAACUGUCCAACACAAAGUUUUAGCUUUGUUGUUACUGACAAAAUAUUCAUGGACUUUGACAUGAGAAGUGUAAUUCUUUGUCAUGAAGAACAUGUUCUCAUAGCCACUCCAGUUAUCUGUGGCUACAUGUGCAUUGAAUACCCUGUUGUACAGGGAAAGAAUUUUUUUAAGGUUACUGCACUGAGUUAGUGAUGUUUUUCUAGAUGAUACCCUGAUUUUACUGUAUAAACAUUUCAGAGAAUUAUGAGGGUCUGCCCAUUGCAGCUCAUCAGAGUCACUGUAAAUCAUGAAAAAGUAAAUUGAAUGAUUUUGACCUCUUGUUCUAUGUUUGAAGUAAAACAAUACUUUAAUACUAAAAUUUCUGGAAUGUCAUAUAGUAUAUAGAAAAACUGUAUAAUUUUAAGUAGUUUUGUCUGAAUAGCACUUUGAUGCUGUCAGUAAAGACUAAUUGUAAUAGAAAGCCUAGAAAAAUUUUGAGGAAUUUAUGUUUGGCAUCCAGAAUACUUAAAUUCCUCCACCUUCUCCAUAUAUCAUUUCCUUUAAUAUUUUUUUUCGUUGUCACUAUCAUUUAUCAUUAAUUUCUAUUUAUCUUAGAUGUGUCCAAAUCCCAUUUAAGUGUACAGUGUUUGAGAACUUCUGGAACUUACUGUAACACUUCUGUAGCUAUUUCAGUAUUACUAGAGAUGAAUAAUGUGAAAUAUACAUUGAACUAUAUUUUCUCACUUGUAAUAUUCAUCUGCUACUUUAAUCCAUGUGUAGCAAAUGGUAUUGUAAAUAGGUAUACAACAUAAUUUUUUACUUGUAAUUGUUAAGAUUAAAUAUUUAAAUUCAUGCAACUAAGAUUCUGUGUCUUCAGUGAUAGUCACUGGUAUAUAAAUGUAAUGGACACCUGGAAUUUUCAUUCUAUGAAAUAAAAAUAUUUUUCUUUACUUUAUUGCCAGCAAAGUUGGUAUUGUACACAUUAAUUUAGCUACUGAGCUUCUACUUGAUGCAUGCAUGUAUCUAUGGAAGUUGUAUCAUCUGAACUGAAGUGGUACUUUAUAACUGUUAAUAACGAAGUGACUUAUACUUACAAAUAUAAAUAGAUACACAUUAAAGAGAGGCUGUACUCAUUAGUUAUAGAAACUAAUAUUGAACCAAAAGAACCUCUGCACCAAGGUUUUAGUGCCCUUACCUCAUAAUAAACCAUUCAAAUCAUUUAUUUGUUGCUCUGGAGUUGUGGUAUACAUAUUUAUUGCAUAAGGUGAUUACAUAUGAAGAAUAAUUCUCAAAAUUUUACCUAAGUUAUGGAAAGAAUAUGUUGCUUCAUCUAGAACAGAGAACAUUUUAGAAAAUCAUGAGAACAUCAUAUAUUUAAAUAUCAUGUCACAACAAAACUGUGACUUGGUUUGCAUUUAAAACCCAAUUACAAUUUUUAUGCAAAAAAGCAUCUAUAUUUUAUAUAUAAACAUCUAUAAUUGAGAGUGUCUAUAAGUCUCUAUUAUCUGAAUGUAUCAUUUCAUUACUAAAUUUAUUAUCCUUUGAGAAUUAACUCACUGUGAUUCAGAUAAUUCUGAACUGGUCAUUUAUACUUUUUACUUACUGUCUUUGGUUAACUCGUGUAAAUGUUAGCUCCACAGGUUUUUCGAAUCAAAAACUUAUUUGCGAGCAUCUUUGGGGCUUGGAAGGUGAGAGGAGGAAUGGAUGUAUGUAUUGGGAAAGGACUGUGGCAGACACAGCAAAAGGGGAGUGAUGGUGGUGAUGGGGGAGGGAGGGGGGCAGUGGAUUGGCAGAAAUCUUCAGUCUCUAUAUUCACAUGUUAACAAUAUAUAUUGUAUGGAUGUAGUCAGUUCAUAACCAGGACUUAUGAGUGGAAUGAUACACUUAAUGUUCGGCGUGCAAAUAAAUAAUGCAUAAUUUCUUUUGAUGUUCUGCUCUGCCAACAGACUGGAGCUCUUUGACCGGUAAACAACUGAAUGUUUCUUGUAAUUUACUUUGCAAUUGCUUUUUAUCUAUUUGAUUACUUGCAGUUUUUGCUACAAGCUCCUCACAGUGAAUGUCUUUCUACACUUUUUUGCUCAUUAGUUAUGAAAAGAAGUCAUGAAUGUACAAUUUUCAGUAACUAAUUUUAUGUUCUGCUGGAAGAGUAAUAAAUUGUAUUUUUUUGAGUAUAGCCUUUCUUGACUAUAUUUAUUUAUGUUUGUGCGUGUAGGUAAUUUAAUAGAAUGAGGCUGAGUACAUUGGGUAUUUCUGAAUGAUUGUAUAUAUAUUUUUGCACACCUAAAAAUAAAAUAUGUAUUUAUCUCAUUGUCUGUUCUUCUAAGCUACAAUAAGUGUUCAACAAGAAAACAAGAAAUCUUUCCUUCAUAAGAUUAAUAGACAUUAUAUGUAAUCUGAAUGUUAUAAUAAUGCAUGUUCUCACGUGUGUGUGUGUUAUGAAAGAUGUAUUAUGAAUGUGACUUGUUUUGUGGCACUUAAUGGCAAAUGUAACAGGACAUCUGACUUUUGCAAGCCUGCAUCUGAAACUAAUGUAACUGAAACAUGUUUGCAGAUUAUAGAGUUUGAAUAUAUAUGUAUAUUUCACCUUUGUGUGCCAAUUUUGUAUGUACAUUGAGUGUCAAGACUUGCUGUCUUUCAGAUGUCAGUGGUAGUAAUGAGAGUGCUACCACAGUAUUAUUUUCUUCUGUGAUUUUACUGUUUAAGUGAUGUGGUCAUAGAAAUGCAAUAGGUAGUGGCACUUGCAAAGUCAUAUGUCUCUGCAGGCAGAAAUAUUUGCCCCAUGAUAUAAGAAUCCACAGAAAUAGUAACAUUUUCAUACAGUUUAUUAAAUUUACUUAAAGGGAACUGAAAAUUUAUAUUGGGCUUAAAAUAAUAUUUUUGUACAGCAGUGAGAAAUCUUGUUUAGCUACAUCUAGCUGAUAGGAAAGUAUCUGUAUGAGUUCAGUUUAGUACAUACUCCACAAUAUAUCUGUCUGAUUUGUGCAAACAGACAUCACAAGUUGCAGGAAAAAGAAAGACAAAGCACAAUGUAGAUAGUUUUCCAUUGUUUGAAUGAUAGCCUCCAUACUCUCAUUCUCAUAUCCCAUAUGCAUCUGAUACUCAUUCGAAAAAUGAUUUGGUCACAAUGCUUGAAGUUAAGUUUCACAGAAAAGAGACAUCUAAUGUCUUCAUCAAAGCAGUUAUGAUGUGGAACUGCUACAGAGCUUGAUGAGUGACUUUUUAGAUGAUAAUGAUAAAUAAUUUGUUAUUGUUUGAAAUUUUCUCAACAGAAAUUUUUGGAGAGCUAUAACUGUAUUUAAAAAUAUAAGUAUCCUGUAGUUGGUGUUUCAUGGGUUCUAGGGGUUUGAUAGUGGAUAAACUGCACCCAUUAUCUAUUGCACAAUUUUCAGAAUGUGAGAAGUUGAAAAACCAUAAACUUGCCCUGUGUGCAUGUACAUACCUUUAUUCAAAUAGGACCAUGCAGUCUUCUAUUGUUUCAAAUUUAAAUCUUUUAUUUCUGUGUGUAUUUUACAAUUGAGUUUUUAUCGUAUUUUAAUAUACUUAGUAUUUUUUGUGCACAUGAUACAUUAGUUUUAUGCAGAGGCAUGUGAGAUAAGAACAACAAAAGUGCAAUGUGAUUUUAUCCUUCCAGUGAUUAAGACAAGACAUAGCAUAAUUAUAAUUUCUUGUUAAUUAACAAGUGGAACUCACUUCUGUUACUGUAUUUCUGUCGUUUGCUAAGCAGUAUUAGCUAUGAAAGUAUUAAUUUUGUAAAGUAAAAUUGCUCAUAUACAAAAAACCCUUUAUUGUUUCAGCUUUAUAAUGCAAAACGUAACAACCAAAAUGUCACCAGAAUAUACUUGGUGUGAUAUGUGUAUUAUCAAU